GUAAAAUACUCUCUUAAGUCGACGACUUGGGUCUAUGGGCUCGAAAUUUCAGAGGUGACCAGAUUUAUCUUGUGAGAAUUUUCAAGGGCUUGGCUGUCCCCGGAAAAACUGUAACUUCAACAUUCCUUCUAGAGGUACUGAAAGUAGUUCCAAGACAGGAAAUUGUCCUAAAGAAGCUGAACAUUCUAGAGCUGCCUUUCUGUUAUAUAUCCAUCUGGGCUCAAAAUUUCGUCAGCUUGUAUUUGAUUUGGCCUUCCUCAGGCACUGAAAGUAGUUCACCUGACAGUAGUUCCAAGACAGGAAAUUAUCCAAGAGACGCUGAACAUUCUAAAGCUGCCUUUCUGUUAUAUAUCCAUUUGGGCUCAAAAUUUCGUCAGCUUGUAUUUGAUGUGGCCUUCCUCAGGAAAUACGCAGGCCAACAGUGUACAGUUCAAACAACUAGGAAAUGUUAUCAUUGAAUCUGGAAUAAGUGAACAUAAACUAACAGGAUGAUUGCCUGCUUCAGACCCAAGAAAGACAGGAAAACGGUAGAGGAGACAUCGUUAAUGAUAAAUGGGCGAAUGCUAUUGGAGUCUUCAGUCGCUUUUAAUAAUGGCAGAGGUAAUCCAAUUCGUAGCUUCUCUUUUCAAGAGCUAAACAGUGCCACAAAUAACUUCGAUCCAAGUCGAAUUUUCUGGGAUGACUAUGGGUUGUAUAAAUUGUACAAUGGUUUUCUACACGAUCGCCCAAUUAUAUUGAAAAAGCUUGAAGGAAACAGAAAGAGUGUAAAGUAUUCUAUUAAAGAUAUUGUCUUUGCAUCACAAUUCAGCUCCCAUAAAAAUGUUCUAAAACUGUUGGGAUGCUGCUUGGAGACUGAAAUUCCCCUUCUAGUUUUUGAGUCUGCAAAGAAUGGAACUCUUCAUGAUCACAUAUACAAUCCUCAUGCACCCAAUUUUCGACCCUUGUCAUGGAAAAGCAGGCUGAAGAUUGCUCUUGGUGUAGCUAAUGCCAUUGCAUACCUUCAUGCUGCAUUCCCCAAGCCUAUUAUUCAUAGAGAUAUCAAACCCUCUAAUAUCUUGCUAGAUGAAGACUAUGUUCCCAAGUUAGUAGAUUUUACUUUAUCUGAAUCUAUUCCUGAAGGUCAUUUCCAUGUGCAGCAUGGAUUGUGCAUAGAGAAUGUUCCCACACACAUACUGGGAUUUCUGGCUCCUGAACAUUUCUUGAAAAGUUUUAUCAAUGAGAAGGUGGAUAUUUAUAGUUUUGGUGUAGUUCUUUUGUCGCUUUUGACUGGAAAAAGGGUACAAAAUCCUUUUCCUUCUGCACCUCCUGGGAACUAUUCUUUGGUACAAGGUGUGAAGAAAUAUAUGGAGACCCAAAAGUUUAAUGAGAUUGUAGUAGACCCUGCAGUUUUAGAAGAGGGACCAUGGCCUGGGAAAGAGCAGCAACUGCAGAACUUCGCAAUGCUUGCACUUCAGUGCACCUGUGAUCUUGAAGACAAUAGACCAGAAAUCAUUGAUGUGGCAAAACAACUCAGGCAGAUGUAUAAGUCUGCAAUCUCAAAUUGCUGACAUAAAUUCUGUGUUGUGUGUUAUUUCAUGGAUUUAAACAUGUUUGAUGUAACCAUGUGUGUAUCUUUCAAAACGAUGAAACUUGUUAUUUCUUCAUCCUACACAGAAACAUGUUAAUGCUACUAUUAAUCUAUAAAAAAUUAAUUAGUA